AUGGCGGCGCCCUUGCCGUUACUGUGUGACGCCCCUGAAGCUUCUCACAGGGGCUCUCCGAGUCAAAUCGUGGACCGUGCUUGGUCGGUGAGAGUUCGCCAUGAUAAUUGGAGCACGAAGGCAAUUCGUCGCAAGACCACUGGGACUGGUCGCAUGCGCCACUUGAAGAUUGUUCAUCGUCGUUUCCGCAACGGUUUCAAGGAAGUCAAUGUGAAGAAAGCCGUCAAUGCCCCGAAAGUUGCACCCGCGAAAAAAUAAUUUUCAUUGCUGACAAUUUUUUUGUGACGGGAGUAAACGUUUCUCUGGAGUUC